UUUUCAGAUAAUUGCAAGUGUUCAAUUUCAAGUUACGCUGUUCGCGGACGGUCAUGCAAUCUAACGGAAGUGACAUGCUAGCUUCCAUACCUAUGCCAGGGAGUGCGCCUCCUCCCCCACCUCCUUCAGGAGCAAACGAAGCGUGGGAAAAAGCACAACAAGCUUUGAAGAAGAUAUCUCCGAAGAAGCCUGCAAACAAUCAUCUGCCGUCGGCUGCUGCUCCUCCGCCGCCGAACGCACACGCUCUCAUGAUGCAGUACUACCCGUGGAUGGCUGCUCAGUCAUAUGGUAUGCAGUAUCCUCCGCCUCCAUUUCCUACGGGGUAUCAGCAGCCGCAGCAGAACUAUGCACAACUUAUGACAAAUAAUCAACCAUGGAACAACAAUAAAAAAACGUGGAACAACCAGAAGCAGUGGAAUCAACGACCGCAGCAACAGCAGAAGCAGCCGCAAGCUCAAGCUUCGAAGAAGUUUACUCCGUUCGCACUAGCACCUAGAGUUCCAAAUCAGAAGACAUUUCCGCCACCGGCACAACCCGCAGCUACUAGUCUAGCACCGGGUGGAUUGGGUGCGAUGCCAGAUAAUGUCAAGCGCUACGUGGAACGAGCGUAUCUGGCAGCACAAAACGCCGAGGAUCGCCAGAAGGUGCAGGAGUAUCUGGAGAAGCGGCUGCGACCGCUGUUGUUGGCGGGUACGACUCGAGCCGUUGAUUGGGAUCACGAACCUCUACCACACGAGCGGAACUACGAGUUACCUGUUGCUUGGACUCCAGCAGCCACCCUACGAGCUUCGCUCCAAGCCAAUAUAAACAAGAGCACAACGCAACACCAUCCUAGACGUGGUGAUCAUGAUCGUAAGCGGUCGGCAUCGCCAGACGACGAUGCUCAGCCGAAACGUGACCGACGUAGCAGUAGCAGUUCAAGUGAUGUGGAAGUUAUCAAAGUCAAGUCUACUGUGUCGAAAAAGAAAUCUAAGAAAGAGUUGAAACGAGAAGCGAAGGCUGCAAAAAAGGAGAAGAUGAAGAACAAUGGUCAAAAACAACAGAAAAAGGAGCCGCCGCACUGGCACAUUGAGGAGGAUUCUGGAAGGAUGGAGGAAAGAGCUCGUAGGUUUGCUGAUGACGCACGCGUGGCAGCAGCGACAGCUGCAGCGUCAUCGCGUCCCAUUCGCCUUCGUCUUGUUAAGGGCACAUGUCAAAACAUUGAAAAGAGCUUUUUCAGGCUAACUGCGGCGCCAGAUCCUAGUCAGGUACGUCCACCAGAAGUUUUAGAGAAGUCGCUGGAGAAUGUGAAAAAUAAGUAUCGAGAGGGAGCGUCAUAUCAGUACCUAUCAGAUCAACUCCGGUCUAUCAGGCGAGAUCUCACAGUGCAAAGAGUAAGGAAUAGUUUCACAGUUCAGGUUUAUGAGAUUAAUGCCAGAAUAGCAUUGGAAAAUAAGGACAGUCAGGAGUUCAAUAAGUGUCAAAGUCAACUGAAACUUCUGUAUAGUGAGAUUCCUCACUGUCAGAAUGAACCAGAAUUUUUAGCUUACCGUUUGUUGUAUUACAUAGCUAUGGCCAACACAUUAGACAUCUCAUCGUUGUUGAAAGGCCUGCCGGACUCGGUGCGAUCGGACGAAUGUGUGUCUUAUGCUUUGAAAGUUCGACGAGCUGUGUCUUUAGGAAAUUAUCCCACUCUUUUUAGGUUGUUCAAGAAUGCUCCUAAAAUGUGUCCAUUCCUGAUGGAUUUAUUUGUUGAACGUGAACGCAAGGCUGCGUUGGUACAGAUUUUUAAAGCGUUCCGUCCAACAAUCCCAGUUAGUAAGGUGAGUGAAUGGUUGGGUAUGUCCGAACCAACGCUUGUGGAAUGGUUGAAUUUGCUGGAAAUCAAUUGCGAAGUUGGUGGUACAAUAGACUGUCGUACAUAUGCGACGAAAACAUUUUAAUGGGCGUAAAAGCCUCAGCUCAGUUUUAUCACUUGGUACAAAGAUAUGUCUAUGCAUGCACGCUAUCAGGCAAACUUUUGAUCUCCUGCGAUUCGUGCAGAAAAUUAAUGUCGGAUUCAAUAAUCCUCAUAGUUUUUAGGUCGGUAAUGUCAUCAGGUAUACUAAUAUUUUUGAUACCCGAGAUUCUAGCAUACGGUGUCUUUUUUCAAUGUGUGUGUACAUAGUGCGUUGUUAUCUAUCUAUGUUAAAUAAUUACACAGAGAGGAAUAAAAACUUAUUAUCAGA